GUUGGUCAGAAAUAAAGAGGACCAGACAUAGGGAGGUAGAUUGAGGAAAUUUACAACUGACCAUUUGAGGACAAUACAAAUGACAUCUGGUCACUUAUUGCAUUAUCAGAGAGGGAAAUAAUACAGUAGGAAAAUACGUGUAGUUGACCGGGAGAGAAAGACUGAGAGUUGGAUGGAUUUGAUGCUGACUUGGAAGGAAAGAAAGGGAAAUUCAAUUGGGAAUUGAAUGGGACAUGCUCCCUAUUAACUGCUAGUGGUGUUGAGAGAAGAGAGAGGCUGAAGAUAUUAGGCAGGGGCGUUGACCAAAAUAACAGAAGAGUUUGUAAUAUCUUCCAAAGUGCCAAAGGAUCUAGGACUUCUACGAUGUCUCAUCCACAACUGUUGCUUCUUUUCCUGUGCUGUCUUCCUUUGGCAGCACCUCUUUGUUGUUACACAUGUGUGUUUCCUGCCAUCUCUCCCAUGGACUGCCUCAAGUUCCCUCAGGAGUGUCCUGCUGGACAGCGCUGCCUAGCUAGCACCGCAGUGGGGACGCGAGGCUCCCUGCGUCUGGUCCUGUAUGAGAAGAGCUGUGCCAUUCCCUCCCAAUGUGGUCUGUCUGGGGAGAAACAUACUGCAGGCCUGAACUUCACCUACCACAACAACUGCUGUGACACUGACCUGUGCAACGGGGCUAUGGCCCAUGCUGCCCCCAUCUGGAGGGGAGGUGCACUGUGCAUCCUGCCUAUUCUCUCUCUCAUACAGGGCUGAUAUACUGACUUGUUGCAUUUGAUAUGAAAAUGCACAAUCAUACCGUAACAUGCACAACUUAUAUAUGUCAUGGCGUGAAUCCCACUAACCAAAACAAUCUCAGUAUAGACAUACACGGUGUGACAAACGGACAGUGCCUCGUUUACAUGAGCUGCUUACAUACAAUAGACACACACGCACACGCACACGCACACGCACACGCACACACACACAUCACACUAUUUUAAUGACAAUGUAACUAGAGACAAAACAUAAUCCACAUGUUGAUGGAAAUGGUACUUUGUUAAGAACCUUUGUUUAAAUAAGGGUUAACAUGGCUUUCUAAUGUUUAGACUUUUCAACGGUGCUAUAUUUAACAUUACCUUGUUGGAAAAUGACUGGCAGCAAUUAAUAAACAGACAAACAAACAAAACAA